UUCCAGCAUUUGCGACGGAUCGCGGGCUGCCUUUUGGGUAGGUUUGACUGUGCGUGGAUUGGCUUGCCUGCGUUAGCGGUGCCCCAGCCGCGCAUGGCGAGGGAUCUGAUCGGCCCAGCGCUGCCUCCGGGCUUCAAGGCCCUCGGGACAGCGGAGGACAAGGAGCGGGACCCCAGCCCCGUUGCAGGACCAGCCCUGCCCCCUGAUUAUAAAAGCAGUAGCUCAGAGUCAUCAGACAGCGACGAGGACAGUAGCUCUUUGUGCGAAGAAGGAAAUGGAGACUCUGAAGACAACGACACUGGCCCAACUGCAAGAAAACAGAGGAGAAAUCAAGGUGAUGACGGUGAUGAUGAUGAUGAUGAAGGGUUUUUUGGACCAGCCCUUCCUCCGGGAUUUAAAAAACAAGAUGAUUCUCCUCCAAGGCCUAUCAUAGGUCCUGCAUUGCCACCUGGUUUUAUUAAAGCUACACAGAAAAGUGACAAAGCCAGAGGCGACCCAGGACAAGUAUCAUCGCAUUUCAACUCUGAGGAAACAGAGAGCAGUGAAGACGAGAACAUUGUUGGACCAAUGCCUGCAAAGGGGCCGAUUAACUAUAGUGUGACAACAGAGUUUGAAAAAAGGGCCCAGAGAAUGAAGGAAAAGCUGACUAAAGGAGAUGACGAUUCUAAACCAAUUACAAGGGAGUCGUGGAUGACUGAGCUUCCUCCGGAAUUGAAAGGCUUUGGUCUUGGGCCCAGAACGUUUAAGAGAAGAGCUGAUGACAAAUCUGGAGAUCGAUCAGUCUGGACAGAUACCCCAGCUGACCGGGAAAGGAGAGCGAAGGAGACCCAAGAAGCAAAGAAGUCAUUCAGUAAGAAGGAUGAGGAGCGUGUAUUGUCAGGAAGGGAGAAGAGAUUGGCUGAGCAGGUGUCCUCGUACAAUGAAUCAAAAAGAUCAGAAUCUCUUAUGGACAUUCAUCAUAAAAAAUUAAAGAAGAAGGCUGCUGAAGAUAAAAAUAAGCCCCAAGAGAGAAUACCAUUUGACCGUGAUAAGGACCUCAAGGUUAAUCGGUUUGAUGAAGCUCAGAAAAAAGUCCUCAUAAAGAAAUCUCGAGAACUGAACACCAGGUUUUCACAUGGCAAGGGCAGUAUGUUUUUAUAAGGGGAUUUCCCUGUGCAAUGAAGAAAAGUUGAAGAAUACUCUUAUCUGUCUACCUUUAUUCCUUUGCCUUGAGUUUCCCGAGGUUAGAGAUUCCUUACUUUAAUUUAGUCUUAAAAACCAUACAAACUUACCUUGCUCUGUUUGUUUUUUAAAGUCAUGUGGAAACAUAAAAUCAAUAUUUCUCAUGUAGCAUAGAAGUUGAUGUGUCUUUGGCUUCUGAGAAAGCGUGGGCUUUUCUUCAAAUAAUUAAGAGGAUUUCCCCCCACGCCCUAAUUUUCGUGGUGUCUCAAGUGCCCUCUCAGACCUAGUCAGGACGACGCACUGAGCCUCUGCCAUGCCAAGACCUCCUCGUCAGAAAUCGCUAACCUGCCCUGGACAGUGUGCCAGGUCCCUGCAGUCAACCCAUGAAUUUGAAAUGAUUUGGGUUUUCCCCCAAAACUGCAGCAGUCAAUACACAUUUCCUUGAAAACAGAAGGUAUGGAGGUCUUGACUAUUUUGUUAACAGUUUGCUUGUUAACUCAGGGCUUUUUAUUUGUUGUUUAGGUUUUCUGGUCUGUUUGUUUUUAAGUCAGAAAGAAGGGUCUCUGUGUUAUCUAAUGUGCGAAGGAAAAACUAUUUUGAUUUUUUUCAACUUUAAUAAGUAUUCCUAGGGAGAGGCAACCUGCGGGACACGAUGUGCCGUUAAUCAUUUGCAGUGUGAAGACCACAGCUCAGCUCCGCAACCACCCAAAGCUCGCUGAGUCUUUAACUCUGCUUGACCCUGAUCUUACUUUACCCUGAUCUUACUUUACCCUGAUCUUACUUUACCCGUUUAUAUUUAACAGAUUUUAGCUAACUUAUUGGGGGCAGGUCUUUUAUGUCAAUCAUGAAUAGGCUUUUAAAAAAAAUGAAACUCGGUAAUCAUGACCACCGUAGUGGGAGCAUUUUAAGUUUGGAAUGCUGUAAGGUGUUAAAGAGAAAAUUCUAAAUAGUGAAAAGCCUGAAUUCAAAUUUCGUAAGUGAUAGUUCCUUACAAAUUGAUACUAAUUGUUCUGCCAGUCCUGUGUUCUAGUCUUGAUAAAGCAUAAGGUUUUAAUGGGAAAUCAAUUGUGAUUCUGAUUCUAGUUCAUUUGGGCUUUAUGAAAAAUUGAGUAAACUGUUCAAAUAAUGGUACAAAUGAUUCUCUUUCUACUCAUAGCAGUGCAAUGAUGUUUUCCAUAAUAAGUGUAAAUAGUAGCUUAAUCAAGGGGUGUUGCUGUUAAAAAGAUGAAUUAGUUUCCUAAGCAAAUGCAUGAAAAGGCUUCUCGUCUAAGCAGUAAUGAACAGAGCUACCUUUUGACGAAAAAUGUCAUUUUUCAUGGGUGAUAUUUUCUGGACACACAUCUUUAUGCAGCAGCAUCCGUUGCUUUUGUUUAAUUUUGUUACGAUUUUUUUCCCUCAUGGAAGGAAGAAACGUUUUCUAGUUCCUCCUUCUUCUACAAAUUCUUGACAUGUAUUUUUGGGAAAUUUGGUAAUUUUUAAAGUAAAAAUGUCACCUGUGGCUACUUUUGUCUUGCUUUCUUCAUCUCAAGGGGGCAGGGAUAGUUCUAUAUUACUGACUGUUUCGCCCCUCACCCGUGGCCCGCCCAUGACCCUAGCAAAAGGGAGAAAGGCCUCUUCUUUCUGCCUAGUACUUUCCACAAGUUACCACCUUACUGCCACCUCAAAUCUAAUGCUCUUUCAUGCUCCAGUGAGGCCAGUUUUAGUGAAAUAUAAGGCCAGACCAGAGGUCUUCUGCCCCAUGGAGACACUAAACCCAGUAUCACAACACUGACAAUAAAGGAACCAAGUAGCUAUGUGCACAGAAUGGAAAGGUGUUCAUUCCAUUCCCUCCCCUCCUCCAAGCUGCAAAAGGCCUGAUUCAAUCAACACAUCUGGCAGAAAAUUGAGAGUGUUGACAUUUUCUAAUAAGACCUUUUUAGUGUCCUACGCUUCUUAGCCAAGCUUUAUAAAACUGUGACCUCUUUUGAAACUUAAAAAGAGCAACAGUAAUUUCAAAAAAUGAAGCAGCUGCUUUGAUGUUGUUUACUGAUGAAGGUGACAUUUAAGUUCAUUAUACCUGAAUUUAUAUGAUUUUGUCCACUUCUCUAAAUUGUCCUCUGAGAUAGAUUUAGAUGCUUCAAAUUUACCACAUUACUAAUAAAUAAAUGGUGGCUUUAGCAAGUGGAGGUAUUGGGAAGGGAGACAAAAGGUGAGAGAUGGUGGCUAAAUCCAUAAUAAGACUGUUGUAUCAGAUAAAUCCUUUUUAUAUUGUGCAGAGUGUCUAAAUUAAGCCCUGCUCUCAAGCACAAGCCACGGUCUUACUAAGAGUUCUUAAUCUUGUUUGCAUGUAGCAAUCACUUGACAUUUAAUCACUUGAACAUUCAAUGGUUCUUUGAAUUCAUGGGGGUUUUUUAGAAGUGAGGUUGAGAUUUUCGUGGUACUGAGGCUUACAUGCUCCAGAAGAGAUUAACGGUUAUUAUAUAAAUUAUUUGAUCCCAGAGCAUUAUGGCACUUUUUGUUUCUUAGAUAGUGUGGAUAAUGUUAAUGUUAUUAAUCAGAACUGUGUGAUCAUGAAAGAUCAAUUUCAGACUAUUUACAAGCGCCCUAUCACUUCUCUCUCCACUUUCUCCAUGGCGACGUUAGGGAAAAAAUUCCCUGUUGAGUUAUAUACCAAGGAAGAAUUACUGGGGAGGCAAGUGGUCAGAGAUAGUGCCAUGUGACUUCAAACUCACAUCUUCUAUUUCAGAAUGUUAAUUUAUUUUCCUUUGAUUUUUCAAUGCCAUCAUGUGAUUUAAGUACAGUUACAUUGGUCAUGCAUUUCCUACUAUAGGAGAGGUAUAUUUUUUGCAUCUUGAAAAUCUAACUGUGACUGUAGUGUGUACAAAAUUAAAAAGCUAUGGACUGCCCCUUUCAAUCUUUUCAUUUUGAAUUUUACAAUUAAAAGACUUUUUAGAAAAGAA